AUGGUUCCUUCUAUGGGGUUCCUUGGAGUUGGAGUGCAUCGUAUGAUUCAUACAUGUACAAGGAGGCUUUACCAUGCAAAUUAUUCUCAGCAAUUCCUAAACAGUGCAACUACAAUGCAUUCACUGAAUUUGUGGGCACAAAGAUGUAUGGGGUUUUGUAAAAGACACAAAGGUAGUUUGCUGUUUGGUGCUUUUGCCACUUGGGUUACUCUUUCUUACGUGAGAAUACAGAUAGUACCAUACACAAGACAAAUCCAACUUGUUUCCAAUGAAAAAGAGGAGGAAAGGAGAGCAGAGUUUCGCUGGAAGAUGUUAAUGGAGGAUUGCAAAGGUAAUGACUGUUUACUCCCUUUAUCAGACCCUAGGAGUAUUCGAGUACAAUCCAUAGCUGCAAAUAUGAUUAGAGCAUUGAAGGUGGGGUUAAGGCUUGAAAAGGAGUGCAAGGUCAAUGGGCAUUCAUGUGAGAGUGAGAUUAAUGGAAAUUUUAGAGAUUAUAUGAAGCCUAGCCAAAUGUGGGAUCAUAAACUCUUGUGGAAACCUAGUACUAAACAUUUGGAUAAUGGAAAAGAUUGGGAAGUUUAUGUGUUGAAUUGCAUUGAAAAGGAAGUAGCUUUAGUACAAUCUGGCCAUGUCUGCCACUUUAAUAAAAGGAUUGUUAUUUCUAGGGGGUUGCUCGAAGGUCUAAAGUCUGAUGCAGAGUUAGCCGCAUUAAUUGGGCAUCAGAUUGGGCAUAUUGUUGGCCGACAUAUAGCAAGAAUUUAUGUAAGGUUUCGCUGGAAUCUCUUUCGUUUCAACCAUAUAUUCUCUAAGGAGAAGUUUUUGCCUUUACUGGAGUGGGCUUGGGCUUCUUUACACAAAUGGAAUGAAAGGGAAGCAAAUCAUAUUGGAUUAAUGUUAAUGGCAUCUGCUGGAUAUGACCCUCAAGCGGCAAUUGAGGCGUUCAAGAGGAUAGGUCAAAUUUAUGAUGAUAAUAUACUGAAAAGGUCCAAAGAAAUGGGAAAUGCUCUGGUUGUGUACAGGGAAGUGAAAUCUCUCAUGAAUUUGAAUACAGUCAGCAAGAUGGUUUAG